AUGUCCUUCUUCGGCUUCGACACGACGCUGCCACGUGACCAGGGCCAUUCGACUGCCGCCCCCGGCUUUGGCCAGCACGAUGCCUUUGCUGCCCUCGGCGGCGGGGCGGCCGAUGACGAUGUAAUCGACUUCGACGACACCUACGACGGCCUCGGCGACCAGCUAGACGACGAUGCCGACGACCGCAAUGACGACACCUUCGGCGACGGCCCGGCCACGCAGCAGUCGGUUGGCAAGCACUUUGACUUUGCCGGCCAGACGUCAAUGGUUGCUGGCACCAUCCAGGAGGAGCAGAUGCUGUUCCAUGCCCGCCAAAAGAUCCCCCAGCACCACCAGCAACAGCAAUUGCAGCAGCAGCAGCAGCACCAGUACCAGCAGAGGCCCUCCGUCCCCCCGGCCUCCAAGCCCAAUCGCUCUGGCUAUGAAAGCUACAAGGACCCCGAGUACAUUCCCCAGCUUGAGGCGCGUGCCGACAUCUGGGGCCUCAAGCCCAAGCAGCCCGCCGCCCAGCGCCAGCCCUCGCCACAACCCGCUGCCGCUGCCCAGAUGCCCGCGCCCACCAGAAAGGUCAUGAGCAUGGAGGAGGUCGAGGCCAUGAUGCGCGUUCAAUCCCUCAACAAUGACUCUAAAGCUACCCCGCCGGCUCAGCAGCCACCGCCCCAGGCCUUCCCCGGCUACCCUCAGCAGCAGUACCAGCAGCAAGGCCAGUUCCCCCAGGGCCAGCCACAGUAUCCCGGUAUGCCUGGCCACAUUGCGCCCCAGAUCCUGCAGAGGCCCCAGCAGCAGCAGGGCAUGCCACCGAGACAUCAACAGCAGCUCCGCGCCGAAUUGCCAGACCAGCCCGUCCAGUCCCAAUCGCCCCAGCAGCCCACCAUUCUCCAGCGACAGCGACCCCAUUCCAACGAUCCCGGUGCCCCGCAGAACCAGAUCCAAGGUUCACCUGCACAGCCCCGCCAGAUCCUGCAGAACCCCAACCGCCUCGCCGGCCAGGGCCAGCCUAUGCAGCCUGGCCCGCAUCGCGGUCAGCCAGGAGGAGCCCAUAACAGAGGCCCUUCGUUUCCUGGAAUGGUCAUUACCCAUCCGGAGCAGCUCCUUCAGCUGUCCGAGGCCGAGCGUGCUGCUUUUCUUGAAGAAGACGCAAAGCGGGCGAAGCGAAAUCACAAGAUUGCUCUCUUGGCAAAGGACAAUGGUCUCAUGACGCCUCAGGACAAGAACUUCAUCACUCGUAUCCAGCUGCAGCAGCUGAUGACGGCGACUGGAAACCUGGAAGAGCGGGGCCCUGAAGCUGCCAUUGCAGAGGACUUUUACUACCAGGUCUUCAGCCAGAUCCGGGGCGCUCCACGCCACAACCCCCAGCAGCCAGCAAGCCAGUUUGCGCAAACCUAUCUCUUCCAGACGAACAACCGGUUUGGCGCCCGUCGACAUGGCCGCGGAGGCGACAACCACAUGCAGCGCAUGGAGCAACAGAUUCAACGGGCGGUCGAGGCUGCCAAAGCACGGCCAAAAGCCAAACAACUCGUCGUCGAGGGCAGUCUUGGAAAGAUUGCAUUCAGCAAUUCCAAGACGCCACGACCACUGCUCAACCUCAAGCGACCGGAAACCAACGACAAGCUCCCAAGACACGCUCGAUCCUCGAUCGCAGAUCGUAAACAAACGCUUCGUAACAUUGAGGCUGUGUACAAGACGUUGAUGCAAAUGGAAGACCAUGAACGCGCCAUGCCAAUGCCAAUUCAGGAAAACAGCCCUCCCGAAGCCAUCCAAGCACACAUGGAAUGGCGAUCGCGGAUUGAGGCUCUCCACGAGCAACUGUGGCUCAACACCAAGAUUAUGGAGCCCAUCAACCCCAACACACCUCAUCCCUUCAUUUCCAUCCUUUCACACGCCAAGGGCAAGAAGGUUGUGCCACGUCUGUUCCGCCACAUUAACGAGCAGGAGCGCAUCACAGUGGUGACUAUGAUUGUUGUGCACCUCGACGCUCUUUCGGUAGUGGGCCAGGCGAUUGCUACGCCUGAUGAGCCGCUGAGUGCGGCAAUCCGUGAGGAAGUCGAUCUCUUUUCGCAGACGGUCAUGUCGCCCAUCCACGCGCACAUUUCAGAUGCGCCGCUGAACAUUGUCAUUGGUCUGCUUGGCCUUGUUCUAGACCGCACCAACCUGCACGUAGUGGCGCGGAGCAGGAUAGGCCUUACUCUGCUGACAUUCCUGAUUUCGCGGGCCGAACUGCUCAAGCAGUCGGCCCCCGAGAUGGUGAGUGAUUGGCAGCAAUGGACUGGGCUCUACAACCGCUUGUUUGACGUUAUUGAGCCGGUUCUCCCUUACCUGUUCCCCGGGAGCAUCAACGACACGGACGACAUGUACAUCUGGCAGUUCCUGGCAGCGAUGGGAGUGGGAGCCAGCCCAGAGCAACAGCAGCGGCUGGUGCUCGGAGUGAAGGACCGCGUCAUGGAAACUGUUUCUGUGAGCAAGGCUUUACCACCAGACAUGGCGAGUGCUCGAACGGCAAACGUAAACUUGUUUAUGAGAGCGAUUGGGCUAGAUGUAGAGCUUCUUGGAUGA